AAGAGAGAGAGCAUGCCUUAGAAAAAAAGAAAAAAAAAGGUACUGAAAUCAAACGAAAUACAGCACUUUACAGUACAAUUGUAUUUCUCUUUUAGUAAACUUUGGAAAUAGUUACCAUCUGCUUCAUCUGCUCCACGUCUCUUUAAAUGCGAACAUGAGUAAGACAAAAUUGUAGAACACACGAGAGGUAGAGCAGAUAAACACUGCAUCUGCUCUAGAACACUUCAACCGGGAGAGAGAAAAACCUUGCCUUUUCACAAAUGCUGCUUAGAGAAACCUUUCGCAAGACCAAGGUUAUACUUCACAAAACCCUCCGUAGUUUCAAGUCUGUCAUCUUUGGAGGGUACCAAAAACUACCCAGAUCGCUCUCCUUCAAUCCAUUCCUUGGUCGCAGUGGCAAUGCCACAACUUACACGAGUGAUCAAUUCUACAAUGAGUUUUAUGACAUGCUGCAGUCUGAUCUGAACAGAAUAAAGAGGGGUGCCGACAACAGCAGCAUGAGCAGGUCGAGAGAGGAAAGGGAAGAUGCUGCAAAAGCUGAAAGCUUGACGGAAGAAAGCUCAGAAAAGAGCGUUGGUGAAGUUGGAGAAGUGGAAGAGAAGAAAAGCAAAGGGAGCUGUGAACUGGGAAAGAAAGAGGGUGUUUAUGACUUGGCGCAAAAGAUGAAGGAAUUGGAGAUGAUGAAUACGGGUGAUGUUGAGCACGUGCUAGACAUAGAAGAGGCACUUCACUACUACUCACGCCUCAAAAGUCCUGUUUAUUUGGAUAUUGUGGACAAGUUCUUCAAUGACAUGCACACUGAAUUCUCAGUUCAAGAGUCCUCUAUCAGCGUCAAACGCUCCAAGUCAAAGGGAAGACUUGGCUCGAUCAGGUUGUAGAUAAGUUAAUCUUUACGCAGAGAAUGUUGAAGUGUAUAUGAAAUUGAAAACUCUUUUGUUUUGCCAUUUUGUGUCUCUGGUUUUCCUUCUCCCAGUGUGCUCAGAGCUAUUUGAAUUUGCUUGGAGUGAAUUCCCGCUAUUUAUACUUCUCUUUUUCUUUUUUACAUUCUGGUCGUUUCAAUCUUCAAUUGAAUCUAUUUUGUACACAAUAAAAAUGAAUUAUUUGGUGAGAAUUUCUAGCCCAGUUCGUCAAAUUUCUCAAUCUCAGAACUUUAUAGGAAUACAGUCUCUUUCUCAAAGAGAUGCUGUCAUCUUAGUAGACUUUCAAAUUUUGUCUUGUUAUUGAAUAAGACAAGAUGCGUCCCAUUUUCUGUUUAAGGGGAAAACUCUUAUAAACCAACUUGAAUGAAAGAGAAAACACAGUGAUUUUUGAAAUCGGUGCUGCAGUUCUUGAAAAUUGAAGGAGGAGAUCAAAGUUGGCAUCUUUAGUAUGGGUUUUGGGUGGGCUACUGUCCGUGAAACACAAGUUGGAGUCUUGCAGAUACAUGGUGGGGAAAGAACGAAUUAGAACAUGUCUGGUUUCAAAAUGUUUGUCUCACAUCGAAAAGAUGUCAUUUAAGCGUGAUUAUAAGAUUCAUUGGACUCUUUUCCCCACUCAUUUCUAAACAUAGGCGAGGGAUAGCAAGAUUAGGUGAAAGGAAUGGCAGAUAAAACGAGGGAUAGGAUUUACAGACAUGAAUUUUUUAAGCCAGUUUCCAUGAAAAUUGGCAGUUGUUUUUCGAAUGAUCAAGGGAUGCAUGAGAAUGAUUGGUCUCGCAUUCAAUUUGUACUAAUUUGUUAAUGAAAUAUUUGGUACUCUUUAACUUCAGUAAAACUUUAUUCGUAGAUA